UACUUCUUGAUUAUUGCAUUUUCAAACAGAUUAACGAUAUCAUUGUCAAUAUUAAGGUGUCUAUUACUCUUACUAACCCUUAUAAGUAAGUUUACAUCCAUUUAUCCUUAUCGGCGUAACGUCAGUUGAGUGUCAGUCGUGUAAACAAUAAGCCUACGGUAAUGUUUGCCGCGCGUUUCGUUCCGUUGUAACCGGUUGAAGCUACGAUAUAUCGUCGUAUGUGUCGAUUCGAUUCGAAAAUUUCGUAAUUUUUUAUUCGCUUUUUUCAAAGUUUCUCGUGUGUGCGUUUGUUCCGGUGAAAUUUACGAAAAUUUCUCUAUAGAUCUCGCGUAGUGAUGUGAUUUUUUGGAGAUUUCAGUUGACUGGAGUUAUAGUUUCUGCGCAGGAAUAUAUUUGCAUUAAUAUACACAGUACCUAUACCUACUGAAUUCAACAGCAAAUCAUCCUUCAGGAAUUUACACAGACAUCGCGCAAGUCUCGCUUUUCAAUUCGCCGCAUCUGAUAGGAAAAAGCGACUUGGCAAUUCAUUGUAUUACAGACUCAAGCACCGUAUCCAUUUUCUCGUUUAAUCGUAUUUUGGCCAGUUUUACGCGAUUUUCGUUUUUUGGUUGGAAUUUUCUGUUUCGGAUUUUUUGGAGAAAAUGUUCUCAAAUAUUAACGAAAUGAACUGGUAUUAAGAGAAUCUUGUGAACUCAUUUCGGGUGCUUAAAGUUGAUUUUUGGAUUUUUUUCGAAUUUUUGGUGGAUCGAAAGAGCACGAAAAAAUGUAUCAGACAACCAAAACUUGGUCGAAAAUGAGUUCCAUUUGGUUAUCCCGUCUCUUUUGCGAUUAAUCAGACAGAAUAGCUUUUGACGAGUUAUGAGAUCAGAAUCCAUGUCCUCACGUCCGAUAGAUUACAAUGGCACGAAUGCUUCAAAAGAGUUACCUCACGAAUUGCGGUUCAACGAAGGCCAUAUCGUGACCAUCGUCACUUAUAGUAUUUUAAUCGUCAUCUCUACCAUAGGAAAUAUCACCGUGCUCACUGCGAUGUGGAGAAGGAGGAGAAAAUCUCGGACUAGGAUUAAUACGAUGUUGAUGCAUUUAGCUAUCGCUGAUUUGAUAGUUACAUUUUUAAUGAUGCCAUUGGAAAUAUUUUGGGCAGCGACGGUCGAAUGGAUCGCCGGAGACGCGAUGUGUCGAGUCAGCGUAUUUUUCCGCAUCUUCGGAUUAUAUUUAUCGAGUUUCAUCAUCAUUUGUAUUAGCGUCGAUAGAUAUCUUGCGGUGCUGAAACCGAUGAAUUUAUAUCAAGUAGACCAGAGGGGUAAAAUCAUGCUGACAUCGGCGUGGCUCGCAUCCGUCAUUUGUAGCGCCCCGCAGAGUAUAAUUUUUCACGUCGAGUCACAUCCCGAAUUUCAUGAUUUUAAACAAUGCGUCAUGUUCAAUUCAUUCCAAUCCAAGUAUCAAGAAUUGGCGUAUUUGUAUUCGGGAAUGAUCAUCAUGUACUUGCUGCCUUUGGCUGUAAUUAUAUUUUGUUACACGUCCAUUGUCAUAGAGAUAUUCAAACGGUCUACGGAAACGAAUAUAGAUAGUUUCCGAAGAUCGGGAUUAGGAUUCUUGGGACGAGCUAGAAGUCGUACUUUGAAGAUGACUAUAAUAAUUGUGGUGGUUUUCAUCAUUUGUUGGACACCUUAUUACGUUAUGGCUGUUUGGUUCUGGAUCGACGACUCAUCUGCCAAAAAAAUCGACCACAAAGUCCAACGAUUCUUAUUGCUGUUCGCCAGCACCAACUCAUGUAUGAAUCCCAUAGUUUACGGUAUAUUCAACAUUCGCACUCGUCGUUCCGGCGGGCCUUUGGAACGAGGCCGAGCCUAUUCUGGUCGAAUAUCGUACGCUACCGAUAUCAGAUUGCCAGCUUUGACUCUUUCACUGCGAUCAGUUGAAUGACUAUCCUUAAAACUAGACGAAACAAUGCAAAAUACUACCGCAUAAUUUAAUCGUUCGCAUUGUUUUCAAUUUUCUCCUUUUAAAAAAGACCAUUUUUUUCUCUCUUUCUUUCUUGUUUUUUUUCUUCUUUGUUUAAUUUGUAUUGAUGUUUUAUACUUAUAUUUUUCGUGUUUUUCGUAUACUAUUCUAGUCAUUUAUUUGUUUCAUUUUGUAUUUUUUUUUCUCUCUCUUAUUGUUUCUUUCGUGAAAAAAAUAUAAAUCGAUUGAAUAGGUACUUGUUUUUCUAAUAUUCUAGAUGCGUUGUAAUUUUUUUCUUUUUUUAUAUCAACGAAAAUGUAUAAUAAUAUUACUGUGUGUAAGUUUGUGUUACGAAAUUUUUUCCUGUAUUUUUAAUGUUUUUUUCCUGUUUGUUGUGUAGUUACUUACAAGAUUUUUUUUCAAUUUUUCGUUUUUUUUUUUUGUAAAAUUUUAAUAAAUUUGUAUACUUAAGAAUA